AUGGCAUCCUACAGCUGCUGUUUGGCCCUCUUGGCUCUUGCCUGGCACUCCUCUGCCUAUGGGCCCGACCAGCGAGCCCAAAAGAAAGGGGACAUUAUCCUAGGGGGUCUCUUUCCUAUCCAUUUUGGAGUAGCAGCCAAAGAUCAAGAUCUGAAGUCAAGACCGGAGUCUGUGGAGUGCAUUAGGUAUAACUUCCGUGGAUUCCGAUGGUUACAAGCCAUGAUAUUUGCCAUAGAGGAGAUAAACAGUAGCCCCGCCCUUCUUCCCAACAUGACGCUGGGAUAUAGGAUAUUCGACACCUGUAACACCGUCUCCAAGGCGCUGGAGGCCACCUUGAGUUUUGUUGCCCAGAACAAAAUCGAUUCUUUGAACCUGGACGAGUUCUGCAACUGCUCUGAGCAUAUCCCUUCGACCAUUGCAGUGGUGGGGGCAACCGGCUCCGGGGUCUCCACAGCGGUAGCCAACCUGCUGGGACUCUUCUAUAUCCCCCAGGUGAGCUACGCCUCCUCUAGCAGGCUCCUCAGCAAUAAGAACCAGUUCAAGUCCUUCCUCCGCACCAUUCCCAAUGAUGAACACCAGGCCACCGCGAUGGCUGACAUUAUCGAGUAUUUCCGUUGGAACUGGGUGGGCACAAUUGCAGCUGAUGAUGACUAUGGCAGGCCUGGCAUUGAGAAGUUCCGAGAGGAAGCCGAGGAGAGGGACAUCUGCAUUGACUUCAGCGAGCUCAUCUCCCAGUACUCUGGUGAGAAAGAGAUCCAGCAGGUGGUGGAAGUGAUCCAGAACUCUACAGCAAAGGUUAUUGUCGUUUUCUCCAGCGGCCCAGACCUAGAACCCCUCAUUAAGGAGAUUGUGAGGCGUAACAUCACAGGCAGGAUCUGGCUGGCCAGCGAGGCCUGGGCCAGUUCCUCCCUGAUUGCUAUGCCUGAGUACUUCCAUGUUGUUGGAGGCACCAUUGGGUUCGGUCUGAAGGCUGGGCAGAUUCCAGGCUUCCGAGAAUUCCUACAGAAAGUCCAUCCCAGGAAGUCUGUCCACAAUGGUUUUGCCAAAGAGUUUUGGGAAGAAACAUUUAAUUGCCACCUGCAAGAAGGCGCAAAAGGGCCUUUACCUGUGGACACCUUCGGGAGAAGUCACGAGGAAGGUGGCAACAGGUUAUUCAAUAGCUCCACCGCCUUCCGACCCCUCUGCACAGGGGAUGAGAACAUCAAUAGUGUCGAGACCCCUUACAUGGACUAUGAACAUUUACGGAUAUCCUACAACGUGUACUUAGCCGUCUACUCCAUUGCGCAUGCCCUGCAAGAUAUAUACACCUGCUUACCCGGAAGAGGGCUUUUCACCAACGGGUCCUGUGCAGACAUCAAGAAGGUUGAGGCCUGGCAGGUCCUGAAGCACCUACGGCACCUGAACUUCACCAACAACAUGGGGGAGCAGGUGACCUUCGAUGAGUGCGGUGACCUGGUGGGGAACUAUUCCAUCAUCAACUGGCGCCUCUCCCCAGAGGACGGCUCCAUUGUGUUCAAGGAAGUUGGGUACUACAACGUGUAUGCCAAGAAGGGAGAAAGACUCUUCAUCAAUGAGGAGAAGAUCUUGUGGAGUGGGUUCUCCAGAGAGAAAGAAACCCUCCACUGCCCCUGCCAACUCACGCCAAGCAAUGCAGGGCAGUGUGUGACUGAUCCGGACGUGAGGAGGAUGAUCUUUGAGGCGGACCUGCUGCUUGAGUAUGUGUGGGAAUGUCGAUGGAGAGUCACAGAUGCGAGUGCCUGUGAUAAGUGCCCGGAUGACUUCUGGUCCAAUGAGAACCACACAUCCUGCAUUGCCAAGGAGAUUGAGUUUCUGGCGUGGACCGAGCCCUUUGGAAUCGCUCUCACUCUCUUUGCAGUGCUGGGCAUUUUCCUAACCGCCUUUGUGCUGGGCGUCUUCAUCAAGUUCCGAAACACGCCCAUCGUCAAGGCUACCAACCGAGAGCUGUCCUACCUCCUGCUCUUCUCACUACUCUGCUGCUUCUCCAGCUCCCUGUUCUUCAUUGGGGAGCCCCAGGACUGGACGUGCCGCCUGCGACAGCCCGCCUUCGGCAUCAGCUUCGUGCUCUGUAUCUCGUGCAUCUUGGUGAAGACCAAUCGUGUCCUCCUGGUAUUUGAGGCCAAGAUACCCACCAGCUUCCACCGGAAGUGGUGGGGACUCAACCUGCAGUUCCUGCUCGUUUUCCUGUGCACCUUCAUGCAGAUUGUAAUCUGCAUCAUCUGGCUCUACACGGCACCCCCCUCCAGCUACCGCAACCAUGAGCUGGAAGACGAAAUCAUCUUCAUCACGUGUCAUGAGGGCUCACUCAUGGCGCUCGGCUCCCUGAUUGGCUAUACCUGCCUGCUGGCUGCCAUCUGCUUCUUCUUUGCUUUCAAGUCCCGGAAGCUGCCAGAGAACUUCAACGAAGCCAAGUUCAUUACCUUCAGCAUGCUCAUCUUCUUCAUCGUCUGGAUCUCCUUCAUUCCCGCCUACGCCAGCACCUACGGCAAGUUUGUCUCUGCAGUGGAGGUGAUCGCCAUCCUGGCAGCCAGCUUUGGCUUGCUAGCCUGCAUCUUCUUCAACAAGGUCUACAUCAUCCUCUUCAAGCCUUCCCGGAACACCAUCGAGGAGGUGCGCUCCAGCACCGCGGCGCAUGCUUUCAAAGUGGCAGCCCGCGCCACUCUACGCCGCCCCAACAUCUCCCGGAAGCGGUCCAGCAGCCUCGGAGGCUCCACUGGCUCCAUUCCCUCCUCCUCCAUCAGCAGCAAAAGCAAUAGCGAAGACCGGUUCCCGCAGCCAGAGAGGCAGAAGCAACAGCAACCGCUGGCCCUGACCCAGCAAGAACAGCAGCAGCCCCUGACUCUCCAGCCACAACCACAGCAGCAGCCACAGCAGCCGAGAUGCAAACAGAAGGUCAUCUUCGGCAGUGGCACAGUCACCUUCUCUCUGAGCUUUGACGAGCCUCAGAAGAAUGCCAUGGACCACAGGAACUCCAUGCGUCAGAACUCCCUGGAGGCCCAGAAGAGCAAUGACACCUUGAAUCGACACCAGGCCCUGCUUCCCCUACAGUGUGCAGAGGCGGACUCAGAAAUGACCAUUCAGGAAACAGGCUUGCAAGGGCCCAUGGUGGGGGACCACCAGCCAGAAAUGGAAAGCCCAGAUGAGAUGUCCCCAGCGCUGGUCAUGUCCACCUCUCGGAGCUUCGUCAUUAGCAGUGGAGGUAGCUCUGUGACAGAAAACAUACUGCACUCCUAA